AUGGGAAAAGAACAAGACCUUUUAGAGUACGUGCUUUCCAGACCAGAUUUGGAGGACCUUAGGGGAAACCCACAAAAAGUGUUGGAUGCCAUUGACAAAUUUGCCGAGAAAGUGCCAUUGAUGACGGUGGGAAAGUACAAAGGUGAGUUGAUCUUGAAAGAAAUCGAGAAGCUGGAACCUACGCUCAUGAUCGAGUUGGGAUGCUAUGUUGGGUACCUGGCAAUUUUGUUUGGUGGAGCAUUGUCCAGAGUGAACGCCACAAUCAGCGAUACUGGAUGUACGCUUUCCAAGUACUUCUCGUUCGAAAUCAAUGAAGAAUUCGCAGCCAUUGCCAAACAAUUCAUUGAGUUGGCUGGGCUUUCAGAUUGCGUAGAGAUCAUUGUGGGAAAAGCGGGCAACACGCUUCCAGACUUCGAGGAACGCAUUAUGACCACCUUUAAAAAAUACACGGCCGUCGACUUGGUGUUCAUUGACCACUGGAAGGACAUGUACGUGCCAGACUUAAGGGUAUUGGAGUCUCUUGGUUUGGUGGCUCCAGGAACCGUCAUUUGUGCCGAUAAUAUCUACUACCCUGGAGUUCCAGAUUACGUGGAUUAUGUUCAUGGAUCACCACAAUCUCGUAAUACUCACAAUUCCACCGUGGUCAACGUCAGCAACCGCAUGUAUCCUGGUAGAUGGAACAUCUUGUAUGAUUCCAAGACAUGCCCUGUCACCGACCCAGCCAAAGGAAUUGAUGAUGCUGUGGAGAUAACGAGAUGCGUGUCGUAUUUAUCAGGAUAA